AUGCCCGUUGACCAGCUUAUUGAUUCUUAUGUCCUAUACACAGUGAAGCCAAUAAUUGCACACGCAUAUGCUGGGCCAUUUCUUUUCUUGUAUGGAGGAUGGGCUUAUUUAUGGUUUAGUGUGUAUGGAAUGAACGAGUAUUGGGAGUUAGGAUGCAUUAUCAUGGCUUCUAUCGGCAUUUUACAGAUUUUGACUGUACUGUUCUGCAAUUGGUUUGUCAAUGUUCAUUGCUUGCUGACUUGUUCAUAUGAAUCGAAUGUUGAAAGAGCUACAGUUGUAAAAGUAGUUCCAACACCAAAUAAUGGAUGGACAGAAGUGGUUCCAUUACGCAGGACUAAAUUGAUAAAUGGGAAAGUAAAAUUGUGGUUCGAAUUUCAAAAAGUGCAUUAUACAUUCGUUUUGGAAAGGAAGACAUUUCUGGUCUUGGAACUCGAUACAAAUAAGCCAAUGUCCUACUUUCAUGAGUCACGAGGACUUGAAACAGAAGAAGCAAUUUUGGAAAGGAAACAAGAUUUGGGAGAUAAUAGGAUGGAAAUGGUUAUUCCUCAGUUCAUGGAACUCUUCAAGGAACGAGCGACGGCACCAUUUUUUGUUUUUCAGGUUUUUUGUGUUGGCUUGUGGUGUUUGGAAGAUAUGUGGUACUAUUCGUUAUUUACCUUAAUAAUGCUUGUGACUUUCGAAGCGACACUUGUUAAGCAGCAGCUGAAAAAUAUGUCUGAAAUUCGAAAUAUGGGUAAUAAGCCGUAUCUCAUUAAUGUGUACAGGAAUAAGCGCUGGAACCGUAUUAAAAGUGAUGAAUUGUUACCUGGCGAUGUCGUUUCUAUAAGCCGCUCGCCAGAUGAAAAAGCGGUUCCAUGCGACUUAUUACUGUUGAGGGGUCCUUGCAUCGUUGAUGAAUCCAUGCUUACCGGCGAAAGCGUGCCUCAGAUGAAGGAACCGAUAGAAGAUGUUGAGAAAUCGCGUUAUUUUGACAUAGAAACAGAUAGUCGUUUACAUGUCAUUUUCGGUGGUACAAAAGUUGUUCAGCACACUUCACCUGCAAAAAAUGAAGCCGGUAUGAAAGCACCGGAUGGUGGUUGUAUUUGCUACGUCUUACGAACAGGAUUUAAUACUAGUCAAGGGAAGUUGUUACGUACAAUUAUGUUUGGCGUGAAACGAGUGACCGCAAAUAACAUCGAAACUUUUGCAUUUAUAUUAUUUCUGCUAAUUUUCGCUAUUGCUGCAGCUUCUUAUUUAUGGAUCAAAGGAAGUGAAGAUGAGUCGCGUAGUAAAUACAAGUUGUUUUUGGAAUGCUCCUUGAUUCUCACUAGCGUAAUUCCUCCUGAGUUACCUAUAGAAUUAUCAUUGGCUGUAAACAAUUCACUGAUGGCGCUACAGGAGCUUGGCGUGUUUUGUACAGAGCCAUUUCGUAUACCAUUUGCUGGUAAAAUUGAUAUAUGUUGCUUCGAUAAAACAGGAACACUAACAACAGAUAACUUAGUUGUAGAGGGAGUGGUUUCUGCGAAUUGUGUGUUUUCGGGCAAUGAAUGUCGCAUUCAUCGUUUACCUACUGAAGCCCCACCAGAAUCACUACAAGUGCUAGUGACGUGUCAUAGUUUGAUACGAUUUGAUGAGGACUUAGUGGGUGAUCCAUUAGAAAAAGCUUGUCUCAGUUGGGCCGAAUGGAAUUUAACAAAAAAUGAUACAGUGAUUCCAAAAAAAUCGAAAAUACAGCCACUUAAAAUUUUUCAUCGUUAUCAUUUCUCCUCGUUCUUCAAAAGAAUGACAGUGAUUGCCGGUUAUGUAGCAGCUGGGACGAAUGAAACUAAACAUAUUGUAACAGUGAAAGGAGCUCCAGAAACACUGGAGAGUAUGUACGAAACAGUUCCUGAAAACUAUAUCCAGGCAUACCAACACUUGGCACGACAAGGUGCACGAGUUCUUGCUUUGGGCAUUCGAAAACUUGGGUCAUUAACCUAUCAAGAGAUACGGGAUCGAAAGCGAGAAGAUUUUGAACAAAAUCUAUUAUUUGCUGGUUUCGUUGUUAUAUCGUGCCCCUUAAAACCGGAUACCAAAGCAGUGGUGAAGGAAAUUGCAGAAUCUUCUCACAAAGUAGUGAUGAUUACUGGCGAUAAUCCUCUCACUGCUUGUCAUAUUGCUAAAAUUCUUCGAUUUACUAAGAAAUCAACACCUAUUCUCAUUCUGGAUGAACCUCAUGGCGAUAAUAGAUGGGUAUGGAAAUCAGUAAAUGAUGAUAGCGAGUUUAAUUUGCUACCAAGUGCAAAUGUUGAACUUAUGACUUUUAUGAAUGAACAUGAACUUUGUGUCACUGGUCAGGCAUUUAUGUACCUUCUCAGCAAACAUACCCAGUUUCUGCGAUACAUUAUCUCUUAUAUAAAAAUAUUUGCCAGAAUGGCACCCAAGCAAAAGGAGCGGGUUAUAAAUGAGCUUAAGGGACUUGGUUAUAUUACGCUCAUGUGUGGAGACGGCACAAACGAUGUUGGUGCAUUGAAACAUGCCGAUGUCGGUGUUGCAUUACUUUCUCAUCCAUAUGAUGCUUCAAAAGCUGGUGAAAGAAGGCGAAGGAAAGAAGAAGGAAAUAAAACAAACCCUUCCUCAGACGAUCUAUAUCAGCCUGUUUCGAGUGCUAAUUCAUACAGCUCACUAACCAAUUUAAAAAAAUCCCUAGUGCAACACUCAACACGGAGGACGGACGCACCGACUGGUGCGAGACAAAUUAGGUAUAAUCCUGUGUCGAAUACUACCGCUAGACGGUUUGAGCAGAUGAUGAAGGACUUGAAAGAUGAAGAAAAGGUUCAAGUUGUGCGACUUGGUGAUGCUUCUAUAGCAGCUCCGUUUACUUCAAAAUAUACAUCCAUACAGUCGAUAUGCCAUGUCAUCAAACAAGGACGAUGUACUUUAGUCACGACGUUGCAAAUGUUCAAAAUUCUUGCUUUGAACGCUUUAGUGCUUGCGUAUAGUCAGAGUGUACUUUACUUGGAUGGAAUCAAAUUUUCUGACACACAGGCUACCGUUCAAGGUCUACUUCUUGCUGGAUGUUUCUUGUUCAUCUCGAGAUCGAAGCCACUCAAAACACUCGCUAAGCAGAGACCUAUACCAAAUAUAUUUAAUGCAUAUACCCUUCUUACGGUUUCUCUUCAAUUCGUCGUUCAUUUCGGUUGUUUAAUGUACGUUGUACGAGAAGCUCAGGCAACAGCUCCUUGUGAGAAGGUCAAUUUGGAAGCAGAGUUCAAGCCAAAUUUACUUAAUUCAGCGGUGUAUCUCAUGGCAUUGGCAUUGCAGGUGGCCACAUUUGCUGUGAACUAUCGGGGUCAUCCGUUUAUGGAAAGUCUUUUGGAAAACAAACCCAUGUUAUACAGUUUGUUGUUUUCUGGAUCUGCUGUAUUCGCACUGGCAUCUGGUAUAUCUCCAGAACUGACAGAAAAGUUUGAACUUGUUGAACUGCCAGUUAAAUAUCGAAAAGCCUUAUUAAGUUGCAUAACGGUGGAUUUGAUGGCUUGUUUUGUAAUUGAUCGAAUGCUAUGCUUUCUGCUUGGUGAUAUGAGAUUUGCGUGA